AUGAAACUCCAAAAAUCUCUUCAAGAAUAUCUCCCUAAGAUCAAAAAACAAACUCCAAGUUUUCAAUUUUCUCCUAGUUCUUUUUCCUCCACCACUAGCAAGAUCUUAGCGGGGUGUAAGCACUCCGCCAAAAACUUCUCCUUCAAGGGUGAACGAAAGGGUAGUCAAAAAAAUCAUCUUGAUGAUCAAUUACAUAAUGAGGAGGCGGCCGCCACAUUGGAGGACAUUGAUAGGUUCUUGAUUGAGAACUUUAAGUCAUUGUAUGGUGAAGAUCAUGGAAAUAAUAACGACGAUAAUUAUGAAUUCAUACGUGAGAACGAAAAAUUAAAAGGAUUCUUUACUCCCCCACCUGAUCUUUGUGGGUCCCACCGUUUUUUUGUUUCUCCCGUCUCCUCUAGCUCUUUGCUUGAGGAGGCUAGGCUAAGUGGCUUGGCAACCACCUCAACAUCUGAGGAUGCAAGAUCAACCUUAAUAUCUUUAGGAAAUAAUCGCGGUUACAUCAAGGAUGACACCCUAGCGACUCCACCUGGGAUAGAAGAUUGCAUUGCGCUACCAACGGUGUCUCCGACUCCGUACGAGGAUUUUAGAAGGUCCAUGCAAGAGAUGUUGGAUGCUAGGAUUAAUUCCAAGCAAAGAGUAGAUUGGGAUUUCUUGGAAGAAUUACUAUUUUGUUAUUUGAGGUUGAAUGAGAAGAAACAAUAUAAAUACAUUAUUAGUGCAUUUGUGGAUUUGAUUGUGGUUUUACGUCAAAAUUCGAGCAAUAGAGGGCCGGUUGGGUCACUUAAAAUAAUCACAUUGGUACGGCUGGCUCGACUCGACUGCAGGUUCUUUUUUGGGAAUGUGGUAUACACUCCAACGAAUACAAGUCUAAGUGGUCUUGAGAUAUAG